CAGGCAGGUCCGUCGCGGCACACACACAUGCAGACACUCCACCACACAGUCGUUAGGAGAGAGGCACGGCCAGUGAGUCAGCCAGGCAGCCACACACACUCUCACAUCGGCCGGAGCACCAUAUCAAAAUCGGCCGGCCGCGGAUCGGAGCGCACAAGAUGCACACUCACCCCACACCCCCCGACAGGCAGGCAGCGAUGAGGACGGGAGGAUAUCUAUUCACACAUACAGACAUACAGAGAGGGAGGGAGGGAGGGAGGGAGGGCUACAAUCAGAGCAGAGAGACGCCACGGGCAAAAAGGCCAAGCCAUAGACCGACUGAACUGACGCAUGCAUCAGAGCCAAGCCAGCCAUUGGGUCACCCAUCAGCAGCUGGUCUGUCUGUCGACAGACUGAGGGGUAUGGUCGUCUUGCGCACACACAGAUUGGCUACAGAGAUGACGACAGCCGGCACCCAGAAAAGAGACCCUCCUGACGACAGACACGCACACACACACCAGUAAGGACAGCAUUCAGUCACAUGACAGAGGACGUCCGUCGCUGCUCACCCACCAGUACUGGCUGAUGGAUCGAUCAGUCGCCGCUCUCCGCCUCAGCUGCGGCAUCUUCACCCAUCGAAGACACAGGACACACAGUACACACACACAUGAAUGAGAGGGCCUCUGUGUGCUGUGGUGCGCUCCUCUCUUGGUACCUGCGCUGCCCUCAUCCAUAUCGUCACCAUCGUCGGCAUCUGCAGACCACACACACAGAGAGAAGGCACGUCAUCCAUCCAUCCAUCCAUGCGUGUGUGUGUCCUUACCGUCGAUGUCGUCAUCCUGCUGUUGCUGCUGCUGCUAUACUUGUGUGUCGAAGACGUAUGACGCCACCGCCCCCAACGCCACACGAGCCAGCCGAGUGGUCACCGGGAAGCGGUGCUUGAAGGGACCACCCUCACACAGAGGCGCCUCAGUCGUGAAGACAAACACAUCCACUGCACACAAGGCACAGGAGGAUACGCGAUGUAUGACCAGCAGAGCUGCCUCUCUGUCAGUCUGACCGUUGUUGUUUCCUCAUUCGCUGAUAACAAUCGAUGCGACGAAGUUGUGGCUGUUGUCGGUGACCACCAGCCGUCGCAGAUCACCGUUCAAUCCGAGUGUGGUGGUGCAGCCGGCCACCGGUGUGUGGGGCGAGUCGGUCAGCAGGCCAUCCAGACGGCCCCCACCAACAAACCUAAACCAACCACAGGCACACACACAUUCAACGGCGCUCUCUCUUGCCUUUAGUGCUAUCGGUGUGUUGUCACCUGUUCAGUGUGAUCAAUGUGUCGUCGGUCUGGUGAGUGGCGCUGAAGUGGCUGAGGACCAUGUACUUGGCCAACGACGACACUGACGCAUCGGUUUCCUGGCCGCCACCGAUCGACACCCAUCGGCCGUCAUGGCCCCGGUAGUAGAUGCUCUCACGUACCGGCGGGUCGUGUGCCUGCCGGUGCUGCCGAUACAGGUGGCCGGCAGGGAGUGACUCCGAGGGGCAGGUUGACAUCCAGUCGGAAGCCGGGCUCGUCUUUGAUGGCCCGCACCUCACCGUUGCCGUUUUGGAACAGCUGCAGGCAGCUGUCGUCACUGAAGUGGAGGUGGCGGGCGACCAUCUUGAGCUGCGCCAACACACGGGGAGCCGACACAUAGGCCUACACACAGAACCACACACACAGACAGACAGACAGACAGAGAGACAGACAGAGAGAAUGAGGCCCUCUCCCUCUCCUCCCCGCCCCUCUGUUUGCUGGCUCACCGUCUUGUUUGUGUGUGUGUUGGUGUCAUCGGCUGUGAGGAUGACAGGCAGGUCACAGUUGCCGCACUGCCCCGCCAGCUCAAUCACCUCGCCGAUCUCGUCCCAUGGCCCCUCCUCCACCGCACACAGCCGCCAGCAGAUCAUGUGUGCCGAACUGGUCGUCGUCGAACCGCAGCAGCUGCACUUGCUGCCCAUUCACCGCCCGCCGCAGCCCCGCCUGUGAGCCCAGCGAGUGGCGGAGCCGAUCUCUCAGCUGCGCCUCUCCGAAGAGGUCUCUCAGCCACGUGCAGGUGGCCCUCAGCCGCACAAUGUCCUUGAUGCUGCUGAAGAGGUAGAAGGUGCGGCGGCCGACGAAGAUAUACGAGAAGGGGUGCUGCUGCUGCUGCUGCUGCUCUGGUGGCUGCAUCUGGGUAGCUGUGAUGUGCUCGACGACAGCCUGCACAGAGCGACAGAGCCGACAGAGGAUCGUGUGCAUCAAGCAUGCUGCUCAUUGAUCUGUGUGCGGCUCACCUCGUUCGAUGAUCAGAUGGACAGAUCACCAGGCAGAGAAGUGAUUGCUGCACCACCACCAUCACCUUCAGCAGCGGCAGAUGAGGAUGCCGCCAUCACUCCUCAACGACACGCCUGCUGCGAUGAGCCGACAGACACAGAGAGAGAGAGAGAGAUGCCAACGGAAGAGGACGGGGAACGCAUUGAGGCCAAUGGAUCAGUGAGCGCCUCAGUGAGUGAGUCAGUGAGUGGUCGGCCUCUCUCACCUCUGUUUGGCUGUCAGCUCAAUGGCCCGCCAUCUCACCGCAGCAGCCGAGAGGGAUGACUGACUCGAGUGAUUCCUCUCGCCCUCUUGCCGGCCGAGUGCGGCACAGACUCUGUCAACGCACAGCUUUAGGCGGACAAAGGCUGCCAGUGGGGCUCCC